UAGAGCAAUUACGACAAACCAUACAUUUUAGCACUCCCCUAUGAAAAAAAUGAUUUACAAAACGAACAUGUGAGACAUGUAACAAGAACCUUUACUGCCGAAUGUCGUGUCGUGUCGUGAUGUUAUUUCGAUUGUAACGUAACAAGGUUACAAUUCUCUUAAUUCUCAGAACAUUUGUCAGCCAGCUGACUUUAAAGGAUGCCAGCAGGUGUAUCGUGGCCAAGAUAUCUGAGGAUGUUUGCAGCCAGUGUGUUGUCAAUGUUUGCUGGAGCACAGGUUGUGCAUCAGUAUUACCGUCCUGAUUUAACCAUUCCAGAGGUCCCGCCGAAGCCUGGAGAACUGCAAACAGAGCUUCUCGGCUUGAAAGACAGACAGACAGAUGCAGCAUCUCAGAAACAAUGACCUGUUGAUUUGUUAUUCAUAACUAAUAGAUACACGCAUAUAGAUAGGAAAAAAAUAAUUUGAAGCCUAACUAAAAUGUUGCAUUUUUUUUAUUCUGUGAAUAAAGCAAUUUAUACAAA